AUUCAACUGAUUCUUGGCCAUUAUCUGUAGCUGUUGGUGAUUUUAACAACGACGCCCAUCUGGAUAUCGUCGUCGCUAAUGAAUAUGGCAAUACUGUAAGCAUCCUUCUCGGACAUGGCGAUAGCUUCUUUACAAAUCAAACGACAUACUCAACUGGUUCUUACCCACUCUCUGUAACUGUUGGUGACUUUAACAGCGACACCCAUCUGGAUAUCGUCGUCGCUAAUGAUGGUGACAAUACUGUUAGUGUACUUCUCGGAUAUGGUGAUGGCUCUUUCGCAAAUCAAACGAAAUAUUCAACUGGCUCUGGACCAAGUUCUGUAGCUGUUGGUGAUUUUAACAACGACACCCAUCUGGAUAUCGUCGUUGCUAAUUUUGGUGAGAACACUAUAAGUGUACUUCUCGGAUAUGGAAAUGGCUCUUUCGCGAAUCAAACGAAAUAUUCAACUGGCUCUAGCCCAAUAGCUCUAGCCGUUGGUGAUUUUAAUAAUGACAACCAACUGGAUAUCGUCGUUGUUAAUCGGGAUGACAACACUGUAAGUGUCCUUCUCGGAUAUGGCGAUGGUUCUUUUGCAAAUCAAACGACAUAUUCAACUGGCUCUACACCAUGGUCUGUAGCUGUUGGUGAUUUUAACAACGACACCCAACUGGAUAUCGUCGUUGCUAAUUUUGGUGGCAACACUGUAAGUGUACUUCUAGGAUAUAGCAAUGGCUCUUUUGCAAAUCAAACGACAUAUUCAACUGGCUCUGACCCAGUUGCUGUCGCUGUUGGUGACUUUAACAACGACACGCGACCGGAUAUUAUCGUCGCUAAUUUCAAUGGCAAUACUGUAGGUGUACUACUUCGAUAUGACAGAGGGGCUCUGAAAGACAAAAUCACAUUUGCGCCUGCCGAUGGUUCUCGUUUGCGAAACUUUGCCCUUUUUGAUUUCAAUAACGAUAGCCUAUUGGAUAUCGUUGUUGUCAAUUAUGGUACUAAUAACAUAGGUGUCCUUCUUGGAUCUGGGAAUGGCACUUUUGGAAAUCAAAUGGUGCUCUCAACAGGCUUAAAUUCUCAUCCUUACUCCAUCACUAUCCAUGAUUUUAAUAGAGACGAUCAAGCGGACAUUGCCGUGGUCAAUUAUGGUACUAAAAAGCUUGUUACGUUUCUGGGAAGUGGAAAUGGAACAUUUAAAAAUCAAGGACGUUACGGUGUAGAUUUUGAUUUUGCUCCACUGAUGAUUGGUGCUGGUAGUUUCAACAAAGAUGGGCGUUCAGAAAUUUUCGUUGCAUAUGAUGACAUCGA